CAUUUGGAUUUAGAGUAUCAUUUGGGCAGGGUUUCAUUUGCAUUUGAUCAUUUUUGAACCCAAGGGCGGGCAGCUGAGAUCGGAGGCUUCUUUCCUUCCCUCUCUCACUCUCUCUUUAUUUUUUUCAUUUUCUCUCCUCGUUAUCGUAAUUUCUCAGCUAGUGAUAGAAGAUGGCAGAAGGUGAGGAUAUUCAGCCACUCGUCUGUGACAAUGGGACAGGAAUGGUUAAGGCCGGAUUUGCUGGUGAUGAUGCUCCAAGGGCUGUGUUUCCUAGCAUUGUUGGUCGUCCACGCCACACUGGUGUGAUGGUUGGCAUGGGCCAAAAGGAUGCAUAUGUUGGUGAUGAGGCACAGUCGAAGCGUGGUAUUUUGACUCUAAAGUACCCAAUUGAGCAUGGCAUUGUGAAUAACUGGGAUGAUAUGGAAAAGAUUUGGCAUCACACCUUCUACAAUGAACUCCGCGUGGCCCCAGAAGAACAUCCAGUUCUUCUUACAGAAGCACCUCUCAAUCCAAAGGCCAAUAGGGAAAAGAUGACCCAGAUCAUGUUUGAAACUUUCAACACUCCAGCAAUGUAUGUUGCAAUCCAGGCUGUCCUCUCCCUAUAUGCCAGUGGUCGUACAACCGGUAUUGUUCUGGAUUCUGGAGAUGGUGUCAGUCAUACAGUCCCCAUUUAUGAGGGCUACGCGCUUCCCCAUGCCAUCCUCCGUCUUGACCUUGCAGGUCGAGACCUUACUGAUCACCUCAUGAAGAUCUUGACUGAACGUGGCUAUUCCUUCACAACAACUGCUGAACGUGAAAUUGUAAGAGACAUGAAGGAAAAACUGUCAUAUAUUGCUCUUGAUUUUGAGCAAGAACUGGAAACUUCAAAGACUAGCUCUUCUGUUGAGAAGAGCUAUGAGCUACCUGAUGGACAGGUGAUCACCAUUGGUGCUGAGCGCUUCCGAUGCCCUGAAGUCCUCUUCCAGCCAUCAAUGAUUGGAAUGGAAGCAGCAGGAAUUCACGAAACCACAUACAAUUCUAUCAUGAAGUGUGAUGUCGAUAUUAGGAAGGAUUUGUAUGGGAACAUUGUUCUCAGUGGUGGAUCUACCAUGUUCGCGGGUAUUGCUGACAGAAUGAGCAAAGAAAUUACUGCUUUGGCCCCAAGCAGCAUGAAGAUCAAGGUGGUGGCUCCACCGGAGAGGAAGUAUAGUGUCUGGAUUGGAGGCUCCAUCUUGGCAUCUCUCAGCACUUUCCAGCAGAUGUGGAUUGCAAAGGCUGAAUAUGAUGAGUCUGGCCCAUCUAUCGUCCACAGGAAAUGCUUCUAAUGAAAUCGGAAGGAGGAAGGUGGGGUGUAAUUUCUUGUCUUGGGUAAGGUGUUGCAGCUCGCUAUGUUCUUUACCUACAUUUGAGUUUUUUUAUGUACUUAUGAAAGAAUUGAAGAAAACGGAUCAGCGGAGAUGAUGAUUAUGAUGAUAACAGAUUUGUUAAAAUU